CAUUUGUGUGUGAAGUCAAUGGGGAACCUUCUCCAGCCUAAGUUCAAGACUGCGGUGGCACACAGUGAUAAGGAGACCUGCUGGCGCGUCAUGAAUCAACUUUGGAGGCUCUCAGAAGGUACGCGAGAAGGGAAGACGAAAGUCAGAUGACGUCUGUCUGCCUGAUGGUUGUGUGCGUGAACGUGUGCAGACGCUUGUGACCCGUGCAUGCUGUCGACGCAGCAGGUGGACGUGUUGGCGGCCAUGCUCGAUGAGGACGGAAACAUCAAGCCCGAGAAGCUGAGCCACUUCAUCACAACGGUAGACAAGUUCAUCCAGCUCCAGGAGGAGCUCUGCAGGCCCACCGUGACUGCGGGCCCCAUCGACGAAGUGCUCCAGUGCCUGUACACGUGCGCUCUCAUCGGCACAACAUCACACACACACACAGACACACACAUCACACACAUAGCAACCACUGUCUGUCUGUCUGUCUGUCAGCGAGCGUCGCCGUCGUUACAUAGAAGCCGUGGCUCGGGCGGUAUCUGCUGCCGAGUCCACUGCCGAACCCACGGAAGAUAGUGACUCGCCAAUUUCGCCUCUGUUGAAGACGGGAUUGUAGACGGCCGACGUCAUGCAGCAGCUGCAGAGCCUCCAGAGGUCAUAAGAGGCGUUCGCCGCCAAACAUGAGGCUGAGAGGGACGAGUGGCGGCGGGAGCGAGAUGUGCUCUGGAGGGCCGCAUCCGAGAGCUGGAGAUGGG